AUGAAAUUCAAUUCAUUAAGUAAAGAUGAACAAAAAUCAAUUACUAACUUAUCUGUUGAAUCGGCCUUAUUUUUAUGGAGUUAUAUACUUAAAGACGCUUUGAUUGAUACUGAUACAAAAGAUGAUGAAAAACAAGUCAUGCUUGCUUAUUGUCGUUCACAAUAUCAAUCAAAUAAUUCCAUGUUAGCACAAAUUGAUGAAUUCGAACAACAUUAUCAAUCGAAAGAUGCUAUUGAAUGUGAAUCAUUGGAAACAGCCAGCUUGUAUGUAGUUAAUACAAUAUUUGAGAUUGACGUUGAUCCAUCGGUAGGAAAUUUAAUAUUUGCUAAUAUUGCUGAAUAUAGUCAAUAUCCACAAGAACAAGAAAUACUCUUCGAUUUAGGAUGUACAUUUAAAAUUGUUGAUGUCACUUAUGAUAACUCUACCCAACAAUCGAUUGUUAAAAUGAUCGGUGUAAAUGAAGUUGAGCAACUUUUCAGUGAUUUCGUCAAAAAGAUAGAAGAGACAAAGAAAACUAACCGAUAUUUUGAUGGUUUAAUCAAUGAUUUCGUAAAUAAAAUUGGCUAUGAACAAGGCAUUCGUUUAUACGAACAUUUGCUGAGACUUUCAACAACUGACGAGCAAAAAAUUCAUAAAAAGCUCUUCAGAUUUGUUAACUUAUACGAAAAAUAUUGUGGUACUUCAAAUGUAGCUAUACUAUAUGGUUGUUUCGGAUGGUUUUCUACACAAAGAGCAGAUUAUGAUUCAGCUAUUGCACAUUGUACUCGAGCAUUAUCAUUAGUAAAAAGAAAGUCAUCGAAUGACAAUAUGACAAUUGAAAUUGCUAUGAUUCACAAUACAAUCGGUUGGAGUUAUUAUGAAAAAGAAGAUUAUGAAACUGCAUUGAACUGGUGUCAGAAAGCGAGAAAGAUAUUUAAACAAUGUUCAUACGUCGAAGAUUCAAAAUAUGUCAGAAUUUUACGAUCCGAACAAAAUUUGAAAAAAUCUCCAUCACGUAAUGCUGUUGAAUAUGCCGAAAUUCUAACCAAUAUUGGAUGCAUUUGUUAUAAAAUGAAUGAUUUCGAUAUAGCAAUUUUUUAUUGCAAAAAGUCCAUGAACAUUUUCGAACAAUGUGAUCAUGAAAUCAUAUUUGAUAAUCAUAAUCGAAUGGCGAUAGCAUCGAAAUAUAAAAUUGAUAACCAUCAUGAAACGAUUGCAGCUAAUUAUGAAGUUUUUGCUGAUGUCUACUACAAAAAGGAAAACUAUGUUCUUGCACGUGAAUAUUAUCAAAGAGCACAAAAUAUAUUUGAAACAAUAACACCACGAAUACCGAUCUGUUUGCAAAGAUCGCCAUCUAUUUUCGGUCGAAAUAUAAAACGUUUGCAAAACUCUAUUCGAAUUACAGAACAAGCACUCGUUGCCAACAAGCAAAAUAGUACAUUACAACAAGAAAGAGAAAAAAAGAACGUUUUUUAA